AUGUCACAACCGCGUAAACACGUCGUCUGGGACAUUGUCGGCACCGUCGUCUCCUACCAGGUCGGCUGGGAUGCCAUCAACGCCCGCCUAGGCGACAAACUACGCGCCCACAACAUCGACCCCUACUUCUUCGGCUUUGCAUGGAAUGAAGUCGCAGAGCGCGAGUACACCUAUCUGAGCAUGUCGGGGAAGUACGCUCGAUACUACGACUGCGUGCGCGGGCUCUUCUAUCGUGUCCUGGGCCAAGCAGGCAUCGAGAAGCCGCGGGAAUUUGCGUCCGACGACGAUUUGGAGUAUAUUUUGUCACAGUACCGGGAGUUGAAGGCGAGGCCGGGAGCAGCGGAGUGCUGGCAGAAGCUGAGGGACGCUGGGUUCACCAUGUGGGCAUUCACAGCUGGAGAUGCGGCCCGCGUGCAGGGCUACCUGGAGAAGAAUGGGAUUCCUUGCCCCGAGGAGAACUUCAGGUCGUGUGAUACCCUGGGCAUUGGCAAGCCGGCACCGGAAUGCUACAAGCCGCUGCUGGAGGAGUUCCAGAAGAAUGGCGAUGAGGCAUGGUUUGCUGCGGCGCAUCAGUGGGAUGUUAGUGCGGCGAAGCGGUCGGGCUUUAAAGGCGCGUAUGUAACGGUAUUGGAAAAGGAGGCGUGCAAUGAGCUCUUUGGCGAGUUGGAUGUGCAGGCCGACGACUUCAUCACGCUGGCUGACAGGAUCAUUGAGGCGUCGAAAGCUGGUUGA